AUGAAGCGGCGAGCACCGGCAGGCGGCGACCAGGCGGCGGCGGCGGCGAGGACCGUCAGGCGGCGAUCAAACGGCGGCGGCGGCGGCAGGCGGCGAGCACCGGCAGGCGGCGACCAGGCGGCGGCGGCGGCGAGGACCGUCAGGCGGCGAUCAAACGGCGGCGGCGGCGGCAGGCGGCGAGCACCGGCAGGCGGCGACCAGGCGGCGGCGGCGGCGAGGACCGUCAGGCGGCGAUCAAACGGCGGCGGCGGCGGCAGGCGGCGAGCACCGGCAGGCGGCGACCAGGCGGCGGCGGCGGCGAGGACCGUCAGGCGGCGAUCAAACGGCGGCGGCGGCGGCAGGCGGCGAGCACCGGCAGGCGGCGACCAGGCGGCGGCGGCGGCGAGGACCGUCAGGCGGCGAUCAAACGGCGGCGGCGGCGGCAGGCGGCGAGCACCGGCAGGCGGCGACCAGGCGGCGGCGGCGGCGAGGACCGUCAGGCGGCGAUCAAACGGCGGCGGCGGCGGCAGGCGGCGAGCACCGGCAGGCGGCGACCAGGCGGCGGCGGCGGCGAGGACCGUCAGGCGGCGAUCAAACGGCGGCGGCGGCGGCAGGCGGCGAGCACCGGCAGGCGGCGACCAGGCGGCGGCGGCGGCGAGGACCGUCAGGCGGCGAUCAAACGGCGGCGGCGGCGGCAGGCGGCGAGCACCGGCAGGCGGCGACCAGGCGGCGGCGGCGGCGAGGACCGUCAGGCGGCGAUCAAACGGCGGCGGCGGCGGCAGGCGGCGAGCACCGGCAGGCGGCGACCAGGCGGCGGCGGCGGCGAGGACCGUCAGGCGGCGAUCAAACGGCGGCGGCGGCGGCAGGCGGCGAGCACCGGCAGGCGGCGACCAGGCGGCGGCGGCGGCGAGGACCGUCAGGCGGCGAUCAAACGGCGGCGGCGGCGGCAGGCGGCGAGCACCGGCAGGCGGCGACCAGGCGGCGGCGGCGGCGAGGACCGUCAGGCGGCGAUCAAACGGCGGCGGCGGCGGCAGGCGGCGAGCACCGGCAGGCGGCGACCAGGCGGCGGCGGCGGCGAGGACCGUCAGGCGGCGAUCAAACGGCGGCGGCGGCGGCAGGCGGCGAGCACCGGCAGGCGGCGACCAGGCGGCGGCGGCGGCGAGGACCGUCAGGCGGCGAUCAAACGGCGGCGGCGGCGGCAGGCGGCGAGCACCGGCAGGCGGCGACCAGGCGGCGGCGGCGGCGAGGACCGUCAGGCGGCGAUCAAACGGCGGCGGCGGCGGCAGGCGGCGAGCACCGGCAGGCGGCGACCAGGCGGCGGCGGCGGCGAGGACCGUCAGGCGGCGAUCAAACGGCGGCGGCGGCGGCAGGCGGCGAGCACCGGCAGGCGGCGACCAGGCGGCGGCGGCGGCGAGGACCGUCAGGCGGCGAUCAAACGGCGGCGGCGGCGGCAGUCGCCGCCGUGACAUCGCACCAAUAGCGCGCGGCGGGAGCCCCAGCUGCCACGCCUACCGGCCAAUAAGGGGCCGCGGCGUCUCGUCUCGUCGAGGGGAUUGGGAGGGGUGCGCGGGGCGCCGGCGCCGCCGUGGUCCGCGCGCCAGUCUGCAGCCAGCCUGCGUGGGUGCUGCGCGCCUGCGUGUCGCCGUGAGAGCAGAGCAGCUUCCCGCGCCGCGCCGUGCCGAGACGGACUUGCGAUGCGCCAUGGAGCAGCAGGUGUCCCCUGCGGCUGCUGAGGAGCAGGCGGCGGCGGCGGACGCCCCGCAGCCCAGGCCGCUCAGCUUCUCCGCCGAGCAGGUCGCCUGCGUCUGCGAGGCCCUCCUCCAGAUGACAACUGCUAAAGGAUAA